UUGGUUUAUUUGUAACUAGCUUUAAUUUGAGGAAUAUUUACACGGACCAAUCAGGUGUCGGUGUCCCUUCCGGUGGAUUGUUGUUUCUCACCUUCUCAGUCCAUAAUGUUGUCAAUAACGAGGAUUCUCCUGUGUGGUGUUCGCUCUCCCCUGCGUUCAGCUGCUCCAGUAUCAGUGCUGAGUCGCUCUUAUCGUGGUGAAGCUCCAGAGGUGGAGAUGAUGGAGAUCCCACUGCCUCCAUGGGAGGAGAAGAACAACGAGCCGCUGAACAUCAAGAGAAAGCGUCUGCUGUACGAGAGCAGGAAGAGAGGCAUGCUGGAGAACUGCAUCCUGCUCAGUAUUUUUGCUAAGCGCUACCUGGAGAGCAUGAGCGAAUCACAGCUGCGUCAGUACGACCGCCUCAUCAAUGAGCCGAGUAAUGACUGGGACAUCUACUACUGGGCAACAGAAGCGAAACCUACUCCAGAUGUGUAUCAGGGAGAGGUGAUGGAGCUGCUGAAGGACUUCACGAAGAACAGAGAGAUGGAGCAGAGACUGGACGCACCGAACCUGGAGUACCUCGAUAAAAGCAGUCAGUGAGUGAUUAUUGUCAGCACAGAAGAGAGAGGUGAUGUGUUAUGUGAACCUGGAGGAGAAGUGACUUUGUGAAGUUCUGGGGACUGAGUUACUUUGUAUUUAAAUACUGCUGUAUUUAAUUUGUACUGUAAUUUUAACAUGAAAAUCUGUAUUGAAAUAUUAAAGAUGGUGAUGAUGACGACGA